AGGUGGGGCAUUAAGCUACACAAGAAAAAGUUCAUUCAUUCAGUUCCACAGUCCAUAGAAAGUCACUCAAAUUCCAAGUAAUUUAUUGUAUGAGUCAAAAGGCAGAAAGACCAGUACUACAAGGUCAACGCAUAAAAACCAGGAAAAGGGAUGAAAAGGAGAAGUAUGACCCAACGGCUUUCCGUGACGCGGUCAUUGCAGGACUCGAAAAAGCUGAAGACUUAGAACAAAUCUCUAAAUUUUUGGACACUGCUGGAAAUAAAUUGGAUUAUCGUCGCUACGGUGAAGUAUUAUUUGAUAUAUUAAUUGCUGGUGGUCUCCUAGUUCCUGGUGGUUCAAUCUCUCAAGAUGGCGAAAAGCCGUACACAACUGCGUGCAUUUUCAAUGCAUCCGAGGAUAUGGACAGCAUGCGUGAACAAGAACAAGUCCUUAAUAAAUUGGUACGACGAUACAAAUACUUAGAAAAGAUGUUUGAAGAUGAAAUGAAAAAGGUAUUGGUAUUCAUAAGGGGAUUUCAACCCAUUGAACGCGUUAAGUUGGCUCGUAUGACUGCUUUAUGGAUCGCGAAUUCAGCUGUUCCACCGACAGUCCUCGGUGUCUUGUACAAUGAGCAUUUGAUCAAAGAUAGUAUCGCGUUGGACUUUCUCGUAGAAUUAUUUGUCACAUUAAAGCAAGAAAAAGGUGUUCCAGCGUUGAUAACAGCUCUCAAAAAGGGGCAAAUGGAACAUCGUCUUAUGGACUUUUUCCCAUUGAAUAAACGUACGGAUGAGAACUUUAACAAGACAUUUACAGAACGUGGUCUCGGGGAUAUCGUGAAACUUCAUAAGGCGCAGGCGAGUCAGGAAUAUAAGCGAGAAAUGCAAUCGGUGAUUAUCGAUGAUAUUAAGGAUAACAAACCGCAAAAGGAAAUCAUUGCUGAUAUAAAAGAGUUAUCUGUCAAAAAUUCCAUUCCAGAACAAGAAGUUAUUGUAAUAAUCUGGACAACAAUUAUGUCGUUGGGAGAGUGGAACAAGAAAGAGGAAUUGGUUGCCGAUCAAGCGUUACGUCAUCUCAAAAUGAAUAAUCAAUUCUUCUCAGCAUUCACCACAACCGAUCGAUCAGAAUUGGCGUUGAUCUUGAAAAUUCAAGAAUAUUGCUACGAAAAUAUGAAUUUUAUGAAUUCAUUCUACAAAAUUAUUGUACUUUUCUACAAAUUGGAAAUCAUUUCUGAAGAUUCGAUUUUGAAAUGGUAUCGUGAAGCUCACUCGCCGAAAGGAAAGAUGCACUUUUUGGAGAAGAUGCGUCCAUUUGUAGAAUGGCUUCAAAGUGCUGAAGAAGAAAGCGGAUCUGAAGAAGAUGAAUAAAAUGCAACAAACAACUACAUUUGUAAAAUAAAAGCAUCUACAACAAAAACUAAUAAUCUACAAACACAAAAACUAGCCAGCCAACAACCAACAAGAUUUUAAAAUCGUUUAUUAUUUAAUUUUGAAAGAAAAUUGAAAAGUUCUACACUCAAAACAAAAAAAAAAGAUUUAAAUCCUGGACUAAAUGAUUUAAUAAAGUCAAACAAUUUACGUAUUUUGCAAAUGGAAGUUACGAUAAUUUUUAAUCACUAAUUCCUCUUAAUUUAAAAAAAUAUAUUAUAAAUCGUAUUUAAUGGAAUCUUAACUUUAUGUGACAUUUUCGACUUGAUAAUUUAGGAAAAAUGCACAUAAUUUAUUAAUUUUAAAGCAACAUAAUUGAAGAUUAGAGGAAUUUUCCAUGAAAAAAAGGUUCAGUCUUCUUAUAGUUGUGGAUAUCAAGUUAAAUGUUGUCUCUAAGGGUCAGGCAAAAUGACAAAGAUCAAGAUCUGAGCUUGAUAUGCACAGAUCUAGUUCUUUGUUGUUUAAGGAGAGUUUGCAAGCUCAUUAACAUCUAUGCCUGUACAAAAACUAGUUCCAUUUGACUUUUUUGUUCUCAAAUAAAUUAAUUAAUCAUAUUAAAAUGAGCAGAAACUAAUUUUGAAGCAAGAAUGACUUUCUUUGUGGC